UGUCAAUCCGAAAUCUCUCUUCAGUUUCUCUCUCUAGAAUUCUUCCUAGGAUGAGAGAUGGAGUUGCGUUUAAGCUUAGGAGAUUCAUCAAAGCCUGUUGAGUUCUUGACGAAGAACAGUGCCUCAGAACAACAAAAUCCCAUCAAGAAAAAUGGUUUUAAUCUCUGCAUGGAGUUGGGUCUGAACACAAAUGGUGGAAAUCAAGAAAAUAAAUCAUAUGAAAAAGAUGGUGAUGAUGAUAUUUCAGAAGAUACGAGGGAGGAUUUCAUGGAAAAUACUCGGAUUCAACUGGAUCUUCUUCCUCGUGCUCCUGUUCCUCGUCGAACUCCGUCUCACCUUCAUCCCCUUCCAUGGUCUUCUGAUAACGGGAGUUCAGAGAAUGGUUCGAUAUCGGGCAACGUUGGGCUACUAGCGGCAGCGAGGGUGUUUGAGGUUAACAGACUGCCGGCGGCGGAGGAGGUGUCGUCGGCAAACAGUGUGGGGUCACCCUUUCAGAGGGAUUUUGGCAUAUAUGCAAAUACUGGAAAUGAAAACCUUGGAGGAAACGACGUCGUAGAGACUGAAAGAGUAUUAUCCUCUAGGGCCAGUGAUGACGAUGAAAAUGGCUUUAACACAAGAAAGAAACUCAGAUUAUCUAAAGAACAGUCUGCUUUUCUUGAAGAAAGCUUCAAAGAACACAGCACCCUCAAUCCUAAACAAAAGCUUGCGCUCGCAAAACAACUCAAUCUUAGGCCAAGACAAGUUGAAGUCUGGUUUCAAAACAGAAGAGCAAGAACAAAGUUGAAGCAAACAGAAGUUGAUUGCGAGUAUUUGAAGAGAUGUUGUGACACACUAACUGAAGAAAACAGAAGGCUACACAAAGAGUUACAAGAACUAAGGGCUCUCAAGACUUCAAAUCCGUUCUGCAGUCAACUCCCAGCCACCACACUCACCAUGUGCCCCUCUUGUGAACGUGUAGCCACCACUUCCGCCGCCGCCACUAACGCUAGAACCACCAAUAUUGACUCUACAACAAAACCCAUAAAUCCAUUUCCUUUAUCUAGACCAAGGUUUUACCCUUUCUCCCAAACACCGCCUACCCCCAACCACCACCACCAGUCUGCAGCCUCAUAAGUACAACGGAAAUAUCUAGAAUUUCUAUGUGAAUUGUGUAGAUAUACUGAAAUCUGUUGUUGUUGGAUGGGGGCUUUGUUUGAUGUUUAUGGUGUUAAAGAAAAUCCACUUAUGAGCAUUUUUUUAGCUCAUAUUAUGUGAAUUUUGUGGCAAAAAGUACAAGUAGAAAAAAGUUAAAUAGUUUGGUAAGGAAAAGGUGUAGCCCUUAUUUUCUUUCAUUUUCUUGGAACAUAUAAAUUACAAAAGGAAUUAUUCCAAA